AUGGGUGACUUCAAUAACGAUACUUGGCUAGAUAUUGCUGUUGUCAAUUAUGCUGCUAACAUUGUAGCAAUCUAUUUUGGAUCUGACAAUGGCACUGUGGCAAGUCCAGUCAAGUAUUCUACCGGUAUUGACUCUGCUCCGUACAUGAUUGCUGUUGGUGAUUUCGACAACGAUCAUCGACUGGAUGUUGCCAUCGCGAAUUUCGGUACAAACAGCGUUGUUGUACUUCUUAGGUUUCAAGAUGGGUCUUUUGCGAACCAAACAGUGCUCUCAGUUGCAUCAUCUCGUCCUGUUUGGGUUCAUGUAGCAGAUCUCAACAAUGACGCAGCACUAGAUAUUGUUACCGUCAACUAUGGCACUCACAGCAUAAGUAUAUUUUUUGGAUAUGGAAAUGGAAGCUUUUCAAUCCCGAACAGUUAUUCUACAGGCUAUGAUUCUUUUCCAUCUGCAGUUGUUAGUGGGGAUUUCAACAGCGACAAACAGAUGGAUCUUGCUAUCACCAAUUAUGGCACAAACAACGUCGGUAUAAUGCUUAGUAAUGGUAAUGGUAAUUUCGCAAAUCAGAUCACAUUUUCAACUGGCCCACAUUCCCAUCCAUAUUCGAUUGCCGUUGGUUAUUUAAACGAAGACGCCAUACUAGAUAUUGCCAUCGCUAAUUCUGGAAAUAACAGUGUAGGUGUACUUCUGGGUCACGACAAUGGAAAUUUUAUGAGUCAAACGACAUAUUCCCUCAGCGCUGCUUCUCCAUAUUCUAUUGGCAUUGGUGACUUCAACAACGAUAACCGAAUGGAUUUAAUCGUCACUAAUAAUGGCACUCACAAUAUAGCUCUACUUGUCGGAUAUGGUAACGGCACCUUUGCAAACCCAAAAAUGUAUUCAACUGGAUCUUCUUCAUCUAUCUCCGUCGCCAUAGGUGAUUUAAACAAAGAUAAUCGUUCAGACAUUGUUGUCAUUAACAAUGACACCAGCACCAUAGGUAUCAUGCUUGGUUAUGACGAAUUUUUUCCAAUUCAAACGGCAUAUACAACUGGCUCUUACCCAUACUUUGUAGCUGUUGGUGAUUUCAAUAACGACAGCCGAUUGGAUAUCGUUGUUGCUAAUCUAGCUGACGGUAGUGUAGGUGUUCUUGUUGGAUAUGUCAAUGGCUCUUUUUCAAAUCAAAUGACAUAUUCAACUGGCUCUUACCCAUACUCUAUAGCUGUUGGUGAUUUUAAUAACGACACCCGGUUGGAUAUCGUCGUCGCUAAUUCUGGUGAUAACACUGUAAGUGUUCUUCUCGGAUAUGGUAAUGGCUCUUUUGCCAAUCAAAUGACAUAUUCAACUGGCUCUAAACCAUACUCUGUAGCUGUUAGUGAUUUUAAUAACGACAUCCGACUGGAUAUCGUCGUGGCUAAUUUCAAGGACCACACUGUAAGUGUCCUUCUCGGACUUGGAAAUGGCUCUUUUGCAAAUCAAAUGACCUAUUCAACUGGUAUUGGCCCAUUUUCUGUAGCUGUCGGUGAUUUUAACAACGACACCCAAUUAGAUAUCAUCAUUGUUAAUUCUGGUGAUAACACUGUAAGUGUCCUUCUCGGACAUAGCAAUGGCUCUUUUGCAAAUCAAAUGACAUAUUCAACUGGCUCUGGGCCACAGUUAGUAGUUGUUAAUGACUUAAAUAACGACAACCAAUUGGACAUUAUCGUCACUAAUUAUUUUGACCACACUGUAAGUGUUCUUCUCGGACAU